GCUCGCGGGCCCGGCGGGAGCAGCUGCGGCGGGAGCCGGGAGCGGCUGUCAGGGCGCGGCACAGGCUGUGUGUGUGUUUGUGGGGCGGGCAGCCAUGCGGCGCUGGAGGCUCCUUCUCUUCCCCGUGCUCCUCGGCGUGCUGGUCCCCGUCAAAGGCAAUUUUGAUGACUUCAGCUUAGAGGAUGCACUUGGAGAGAUAAAGACGACAAAGAAGCCUCUUCCAUCUCAGAAGACACCACCACAGGACUUUGAUGAUUUUAACUUGGAUGAUGCUCUUCAUCCUGAUGGUCCCAAGCCAAAUCCUCCUUCAAAACCUAGAGACACUGAUAACCCCAAGCGAGAUCAACCCAAAGACACUGGCACAUUUGAUGAUGCAGAUCUACUUGAUGGCAAUUCACCAAAGGGAGGAGGUGAUGGUAGUGGCAGCAAUGAACGAAGGGGCCAAACUCCAAAUAAUGGCCAAGAAGAUGAGGCUUCUCAGGGAGCAAUAGCUGGAAUUGUAAGUGCUGUGGCUGCUACUGUAAUUGGAGCAGUAUCUAGUUUCAUUGCUUACCAGAAGAAGAAACUCUGUUUCAAACAAAGCGAUGAAGAGAAUGUGAAUAUGGAUAGCCAUAGGGGAGCACAAUCUGAGCCACCUGUUCAACGCACACUUCUGGAGAACUAAAUUAAAGAAACGUGAUGAAGAACAGAUCUUGAAACUGGAUAGAGAGCCUGCCUUCUGCCUGAAAAAAAAAAAAAAGGACACAAAAAAAGCAUAACGUAAAGAGCAGAGUCUGAAGUUGCAUUAGAAAACUGUUCUUGUUUGAAACAUCUCUGGGAGUGUGACUUAGACCUGAGUACUUCUGUAUGGUUAGCCCUG